AAGACGUGUGUGCUCAAGGUAUUGACGACAACGAUAAUGGAUCGUGUAAUAUGUAAAUGGAACAGUUGGAGACUGCUGGAAAUAGCUCAGUAUGUUUCUCAAGUUCAUACGCGAAGUAGAGUGAGUCCAGCUAUGCGAUAUUAUGCUUUACUGUUAACUGUUACUGUUUUAAUUAAAGUGAAUGUUUAAUGUUCGAUUAACGAGAAUGGCCCGAGUCAUCGAAACUCUAAUAUUAAUCGCAGCAAUACCGAUCGUUGCCGGACACUUUGGAUACAGGAGACGCGACCAGUACGUAUGGCAACGAAAUUUUAAAUUGUGCGGUGGGAAAUUGCAAUCUCCAGUGUCUAUAUCGUCGUCCACGUCCAAGUCGAUUCCUGUUCCUCUACCUGCUCUAGAGACGAUCGGCUAUCACGACUUUCUUCCGACUCCGCUGUAUUUGAGAAACGGUGGCCAUUCAGUUCUUAUAAAUAUACACGAUCAUCCAAGAAGAAGGCUGCCUUGUAUAUUCGGUGGCUCGCUCGAUCCGAAUCAUGAAUACGAGAUGGAUCAUUUGCACUUUCACUGGGGUGCGAAGAACGACAGGGGUUCCGAACACGUUUUAAACGGUGUCAGGUAUCCCAUGGAAAUGCACAUAGUUCACAGGAAUAAGGUUUAUUCGAAUUUUUCGAGCGCGUUGGAUCAUAAAAAUGGUCUCGCGGUUUUGGGAAUCUUUUUCCAAUUGCAGGAGGAAGAUAACGAACUUUUGAAUCCUGUCGUAAAGGCUUUGAAGGAUGUGCAAUUGCUAAAUGAACAAGUAAAACUGAACGCGCCCCUCGCAUUGGCUUCGUUGUUGCCUAACGGUCUCGAUGUCUUUUAUACUUAUAAGGGUUCGUUGACUACCCCGCCGUGCAGCGAGGCUGUGACGUGGAUCAUUUUCCCGAGUCCCACUCCGAUAUCCUUCUCUCAGCUGCGUAAAUUUCGGCUACUUCUAAACGGCGAACACGUUCUGGCGGAUAAUUAUAGAAAACUGCAAAAUCUAGGACCCAGGAAAGUGUUUGUACGAAGACCGAAUUCAUCUUUGUUUGCAGAAUUCAACGGAACGAUCGUUGACGCCACAAGUCUAGACUGGUUUGGCAUCAAUUUUAGGAUAGACCAAACAAGACAAGCGUAAAUAAAUGCGAUUAUACGUUGGAAA